UUGAUAGAUGUUGUAGGCUCCGAGUGGGCGGGACUUUGUCCCGACGCGAGCUUCCCAUUGGCCGCCCGGCGCACACGCUAGAAUGAGGGGCGCUCCUAAUCAUAUCCAGCAUGUUUUGCACAAGAAAUGUCAGACCGAGGGGGCUACCUUCUCCCUUCGCCAAAAUACUCGACAAUAAUGUCAUGUUCGGACAGUCCAUCAGGAAAUGCCUUCCUAGUGGAUUCUCUGAUCAGCGGCAGGGCUGAGAACUGCGGCGGUCAUUACACGGGAAGCGCCGCCGUGUGCGUGCCUCAUAGCGCAGCCGCCGAAGUGCCUUACGGACUACACAGCUACGGAUACUUCACAGGUAUACCCAAACGGGCUAACGUGGGACCCCAAAAUGUGGUCAGCGCUCCGAGCGCCUACCUGUCCGGCAUGGAGAUGUGGAUGGACGCGCAAAGGUCAUGUCGCGUGGACCAAGAGCGCUCGGUGCAGGGUCCUCAGGUCACGCCCUGCUCCUUCCCGCAGAACAUUAAGGAAGAGAGCACCUACUGUCUCUAUGAGCAGUCAAAGUGCCCUAAAGGUUCUGGUGCCGAAGACCUGACUUAUUCGCGCUUAGCCCCAGCCGGCUCGGUAAACGAUAGCGGCGGUGUUGCUGCUGCUGCUGCUGCUGCCGGAGGGGGCACAGUUCCCAUGCCGUGCUAUUUCCGCUUGUCUCAGAACCACGCGCAACCUCAUAAACUUUACAACGCCGACGGCCCUGCGCAGCCUCCCUACCCUCAUUUGGGCCCACACUCUGGCGCCCCUAGCCCCUUCCAUUCUCCACCAACCUCGACGCAACCUCCGAGCGCCACGCACGAAGGAAGCGGGGACAAAGAGGAGCCCGUGUCCGCGGGGAACUCUGACCGGCAGCCCCACGCUGCAGUCGGGAGGGAAGAUCCGCGCGAUUCCACGGAUGCGGAAGACUCCUCUGCUGAGGAGACCGACGAGCAGGACAAGGAAAGGCCGGAAAAGGGCAGCAAAGGCGACAACAAAAGUGACAACACAGCCAACUGGCUGACGGCAAAGAGCGGACGGAAGAAACGUUGUCCGUACACCAAGCACCAAACUCUGGAGUUGGAGAAAGAGUUCCUGUUCAACAUGUACCUGACUCGAGAGCGCCGCCUAGAGAUCAGUAAAAGCGUGCACCUGACUGACAGACAGGUCAAAAUUUGGUUCCAGAACCGCAGGAUGAAAUUGAAGAAAAUGACACGAGAAAACAGGAUCCGGGAGCUCACCUCUAACUACGGAUUUUCAUGAUGAACGAGGUGAAAAACAAAAUGCAUAGAAAAGGAAAGAUUAGUCUGAAAUGACUGCCCCCCCCCCCCUACACACAAUCACCCACGCACCACCCCUCCGCUCCUCUUCCAUUGCCACCACGACCACCACGCCCCACCCAUUUCAUAUGUGGGCCGUAGAAGCUUGAUUUCCACACACCCUCGAUGUGACUCAAACGUGGAAUGUUUUCCAAUGUUGUUUACGUCUCUUCUGUCGUAUUUUUGAUUAGUCAGCGGAGUAAAAGUAAUCCAUUUGAAAAAUAUUCAUUAACUCUUUUUUAGUCCAACUUCUACGAAAAUAUUCGACCUUGAUUUGCAUGGAAUCAUUUUGCAAUCACCACGUAAAUAUUACAAAUAAUAAUCCACCUGUGACCAAGUUUGAUGUCUAGUCGGCACUAUUGUGUGUAUGAGCUAAAUGUGUAAAUUGAGCAACAAUCUUUAGUGGCGUUUCCACGAGAAAAAAAAAAAAUAUUACGAGGCACGCGCGCUCAUGUUUUUGACUUGUAUAUUUUUUUUGGUGUACAUACCGACGUUGUGUUUUGUGUCAUGCUGAAUAAAUUAUCGCUCUGGCGCAUUAUAGUAAAUUGUA